GUCCGGACUGCGGAGAGUCGAUGUUUUCCCGGGAUCAAGCCGAUUAGCCGCCGAUCCCCCUCCGGAAGGAGAGGAGCGCGCAGGCAGAGGGGGCGCGCUCGUCCGCGGGUCCCGGCAGUCGCCUGGCAGGCUGGUGGGGAGGCGGCCGGAACGUGGGUGGUUCCCGGGGGCGCUUGUGCCCUUGCUGCGGGCGGCGGGCGGGCUUCAGCGCGGCUCUCCUAGCAUGCCCGGAGACCGGGGAUGAUCUUCUCGGCUGCCCGCCUUGCGCGCCCGUGGUUGCCACGGCCCGGAGCCCGCGCCUUGUGCCGCGCCGCCAUGGAAGUGGCCUUCCGAGGGGUGCGGAAAGUCCUCUGUGUGGCCGAGAAAAACGACGCGGCCAAGGGCAUCGCCGACCUGCUGUCCAACAGUCGCAUGAGGCGGAGGGAAGGACUUUCUAAAUUCAACAAGAUCUAUGAAUUUGAUUAUCACCUGUACGGCCGGAAUGUUACCAUGGUAAUGACUUCGGUUUCUGGACAUUUGCUGGCUCAUGAUUUCCAGAUGCAGUUUCGAAAAUGGCAGAGCUGCAAUCCCCUCGUCCUCUUUGAAGCAGAAAUUGAAAAGUACUGCCCAGAGAAUUUUCUAGACAUUAAGAAAACUCUGGAACGAGAGACGCAGCAGUGCCAGGCUCUGGUGAUCUGGACUGACUGUGAUAGAGAAGGAGAGAAUAUUGGAUUUGAGAUUAUCCAUGUGUGCAAGGCUGUGAAGCCCAGUCUGCCGGUGCUGAGGGCCCGUUUCUCUGAGAUCACCCCACAAGCCAUCAGGCUAGCCUGUGAGAAUCUGACAGAUCCCGACCAGAGAGUGAGUGAUGCUGUAGACGUGAGGCAAGAGCUGGACCUGCGGAUUGGUGCUGCCUUCACAAGGUUCCAGACCCUAAGGCUUCAGAGGAUUUUCCCCGAGGUGUUGGCUGAGCAGCUGAUCAGUUAUGGCAGCUGCCAGUUUCCAACACUGGGCUUUGUGGUGGAGAGGUUCAAAGCCAUUCAGGCUUUUGUGCCAGAAACCUUCCACAGAAUUAAAGUAACUCAUGAGCACAAAGAUGGCAUUGUAGAAUUCAGCUGGAAAAGGCAUCGUCUCUUUAACCACACAGCUUGUCUCGUCCUCUAUCAGCUGUGUAUGGAGGAUCCUAUGGCAACCGUGGUGGGGGUCUGCUCUAAGCCGAAGAGCAAGUGGAGGCCUCAAGCCCUGGACACUGUGGAGCUCGAGAAGCUGGCUUCACGCAAGUUGAGAAUAAAUGCAAAGGAAACCAUGAGGAUUGCCGAGAGGCUCUACACUCAAGGGUACAUCAGCUAUCCCCGAACGGAAACAAACAUUUUCCCCAAAGACCUGAACCUGACAGUGCUGGUGGAGCAGCAGAUCCCGGAUCCACGCUGGGGUGCCUUUGCCCAGAGCAUUCUAGAGCAGGGUGGUCCUACCCCCCGCAACGGAAACAAGUCUGACCAAGCCCACCCUCCCAUUCACCCCACCAAAUGCACCAGUGGCUUGCAGGGAGAUGAGCAACGACUGUAUGAGUUCAUUGUUCGCCAUUUCCUUGCUUGCUGCUCCCAGAAUGCCCAGGGUCAAGAGACUACUGUGGAGAUUGACAUUGCUCAGGAGCGCUUCCUGGCCAAUGGCCUCAUGGUUCUGGCCCGAAACUAUCUGGAUGUGUAUCCAUAUGAUCACUGGAGUGACAAGACCAUCCCUAUCUAUGAGAGAGGCUCCUGCUUCCAGCCCAGUACUGUGGAGAUGGUGGAUGGAGAGACAUGCCCGCCCCAGCUGCUCACCGAAGCUGACCUCAUUUCCCUCAUGGAAAAGCAUGGCAUUGGUACUGAUGCCACCCACGCAGAGCACAUCGAAACAAUCAAAGCCCGGAUGUACGUGGGGCUCACAGCAGACAAGCGGUUUCUCCCGGGGCACCUGGGAAUGGGGCUUGUGGAAGGCUAUGAUUCCAUGGGCCAUGAGAUGUCCAAGCCAGACCUCCGGGCCGAGCUGGAGGCUGAUCUGAAGCUGAUCUGUGAGGGCAAGAAGGACAAAUGUGUGGUUUUAAGGCAGCAAGUCCAGAAAUACAAGCAAGUUUUCAUUGAAGCAGUAGCUAAAGCUAAGAAGUUGGAUGAGGCCUUGUCCCAGUACUUUGGGGAAGGAGCUGAGGUGCCCCAGCAAGAAGAGAUCUACCCUGCCAUGCCGGAGCCCAUCAGGAAGUGUCCUCAGUGCGACAAGGACAUGGUCCUCAAAACCAGAAAGAACGGCGGGUUCUACCUCAGCUGCAUGGGUUUCCCAGAGUGUCGGUCAGCCAUGUGGUUUCCUGACUCCGUCCUGGAAGCCAGCAGAGAUGAGAGUGUGUGUCCAGUCUGUCAACCACAACCUGUUUACAGGUUGAAGCUGAAGUUCAAGCGUGGCAGCAUUCCCCCGACCAUGCCACUGGAGUUAGUUGGCUGCAUCAGCGGGUGUGACGAGACCCUCAGCAAGAUCUUGGACCUGAGAUUUUCUCAAGGGCCGCCUCGAGCUCUCCAGACGGCCAGCCAGCCCUCGGGCCACUUGCAGGCGAGCCAGUCCCUGAACAGAAUAGACGGCAGCCAGCAGGUACAUCCCCAGCCUUCUGGCAACAGACAGACUGGACCCCUGAGGGCUCUGGCCCGGGCCUUCCCACCACCCAUUGCCAUUGCUGAAAGCAACUCUGUGACCUGCAACUGUGGCCACGAGGCCCUGAAGCUCACCGUGCGGAAGGAGGGCCCUAACCAGGGCCGCCAGUUCUACAAGUGCAGCAGGGGCAGCUGCAGCUUCUUCCUGUGGGCUGACGACAGCCCACCAGGCCCAGCUGGGCCUCCGUCCACAGCAAGACACCCUGGCGGCUCUCUGGGAUGUUCUCCGGGUUCAGGAAGCCACCUGGAUGGGCUUGGCAGGCCAGGGGAUGGCAGUGGUGGCACUUCCUGCCUGUGUAGCCAGCCGGCCGUCACAUGGACUGUGCAGAAGGAUGGGCCCAAUAAAGGGCGCCAGUUCCACACCUGCUCCAAGCCCAGAGAGCAGCAAUGCGGCUUCUUCCAGUGGGCCGACAAGAAUGCAGCCCCAGGGACAUUUGGAGCCACACCUUGGCCAGGAGGCAGAGGGAAUACCCAGGGGCCAGAGGUCAGAAGCAAAAGACCCCGGGCCAGUUCCUCUGACACUGGGUCUACAGCAAAGAAACUCCGGAAAUGCAGCCUUUGCCACCAGCCUGGACACACCCGUCCCUUCUGUCCUCAGAACAGAUGAGGGCAGGUUCAGUAGAGUGGGCCCUUCAUCAGCCCUGCCCCCUGUGUCUGAGUUGUCUGACAAGGACUGGGGGCCAAUCACUGACCUGGAAAUUCGAGGAACCUGUUGGCUUGGGGGCCUGGCCCCCCUGGUCUAGGAGUGCAGGGUCCAACCGCUCCCGGGAAGUCUGCUCUGCUGGACAGUGGCCCUCUGCCCAGGCUCAGGAAUGACCUUUGCCCCUGCUGGGAAGUCCUGGACCGGCUACCGUGUGGGCCUUCGACUGUUGGGUUAGCACACAGGGAGAAGCUGGCAGCCAGGGCUUGGGGUAGGUGGCACUCCCAGCUGCAGUGUCCCCUGCUGCCGAAGGAGGGCAGAGGCAGAAGCCUCAGUGAAACAAGCCUCAGGGCCUCUUCCCCUGUGGGCGAGCUCCCAGUGCAGGCUCAGGGCAGCCUAGCCCUACUUUGUCGCCACCUGGAUGGGGCUUCUUCCUGGAUGUCCCAGAAAGGGCAGUGUGAAGCAGGGACAUGGCUCUUGUUCUGAAGUUGUGUCCUCAAAGGAGACGUUAUUCCCUGUUCACCUAGAGGCCAUGGCAGCCAGGGCACCCCACAGUUCAAGUGCCUUAAUAAAGGAUUCUCCUGGUAGCCUGACGGGAGUUGGUGGCAUGUCUGGGGAUGUGCAAGAGCCAUGGGUCCAAACACCAGCCAGUGCUGGAGAGAGCUUCCACCCUCCCCCCCUCCCCCUAAACCAUUUGUCCCUCAGAGCAGAGCAGAUGCCUAGGGCAAGAUUGUUACCUUUCGUCCUCCACACUUCGCAUAGGUUGGCACGCAUCUUAACAUGCUUGCACAAGAACACUGAAUAAAACAUGAUCACAUCGGCCUUAUUUUGUAGUUUGGAAACCAAGGGGCAGUGAGGUGUGCGUUGCCCAGAGUACACUGCUGGCUGGUGAAGAAACUGGAACUGUUGUCGGGUGUUAGACCAGUCAGAACAGUAGCUGGUACCCUCGCUGGGCAUCAAGGUGGAGAAUUUUUAUAGCACAGAUUCUUGGAAUUGCUCGUGGAGCUUCCGGAUCAGCGGAUGUGGGGUGUGGUCCUGCAUUUGUGUUUUAUUUUUUAAUCCCCCCUCCCACCAGCCUCUGGCAACCCCUAAUCUGCUUUCUGGACAUUUGCCUGUUCUGGACAUUUCAUAUAAAUGGAAUCAUAUAUUUGUCCUUUUUUGCCUAGCUUCUUGCACUUGGCAUGUUUUCAAGGUUCAUCCAUGUGAUAGCAUAUAUCAGUGCCUCAUUCCUCUUUAGUAACAUUCAGUUGUGUGCACAUACCACAUUUUGUUUAUCCAUUCAUCUGUUGAUGGACAUUUGAAUUGUUUCCACCUUUUGACUAUUGUGAGCAGUGUUGCUAUGAACAGUCAUGUAUGAAUAUCUGAACACCUGUUUUCAAGUUCUUUUGGGUAUAUACCUAGGAAUGGAAUUGCUGUGUUAUAUGGUGGUGGUAGUUUCCGUCAAGUCAGUUCUGACUCAUGGAGACCCCAUCUGUGCAGAGUAGAACUGCUCCAUAGGGUUUUCACCUUUU